GUCCACCUCACAGACGGCGGUACUGUCGUCUAACGAGCAGUAUCUGUCUGUUAAACUGCGCUAGAAUAUCCGUAUAUAUUUUCUGCAGGGAACUUGGACCUCUGCAAUGGAUCUUCGCCACAGAAAUAUCUCGCAGAAAUUAUCGCAUGUGAUUGAGGAGGUCAAAACGGCGGAACAUGAGGCUAUCGAGCUUGUGAAGACUUUGACGUGGCACCAGCUUGAAGAGUGGCAGAAGGACAACGAGUAUAUCAUUCGUGGUUACCGAAGGGCGCAAAACAAUUGGAAAGGAUGUUUUCAUUCUAUCUUCGGAUAUCUGCACAACGAGACCGUCAAUAUUCAUAGUCAUCUUUUCGGAGCUAUUCUGUUCUUGAUAUUAUUCUUCACUAAUCAGCUCUAUGUUGUCGCACGCUAUCCGACCGCAACUUGGGUUGAUUCUACAAUGUUCUCGAUUUACAUCCUGUCUGCAGUAUUUUGCUUGACGUCAAGUUCGUUCUACCAUAUGGCCGGAUGCCAUUCAGAAUCCGUUGCAAGUCGCUGCCAUGCAUUUGACUACUCUGGGAUUAUUACCUUGAUCGUUGGGUCUUUUUACCCCGGAGUUUAUUAUGGGUUCUUUUGUCAUCCAGCUAUUCGAGCAUUCUAUCUAGGCUCUUUCCUCUUGGCGGGUCUCGGUGCCGCAUACAUCGUUCUAAAUCCAGAAUAUGCGAAACCCACCCACCGUGGAGCGCGUACUACGGUCUUCAUAGCAUUGGGCUUGUCAUCCGCCGUCCCUGUGAUACAUGCCUUAUUUAUCUACAGUCUGCAUACAAUCCAGGUAGAAAUGGGUUUUCAAUAUAUGGUCUUGUCAGGCGUAUUGUACAUCAUCGGCGCCUUGCUUUACGCGAAUAGAAUUCCGGAACGCCUCUCACCAGGGACGUUUGAUUACUUCUUCUCUUCGCAUCAAAUAUUUCACGUUAUGGUUGUCCUUGCUGCUCUGACUCAUUAUAAUGCCAUCCUAACCAAUAUCGAAUAUUGGCAUGGUCAACGGGCAGGGGUCUGUUUAGCGUAGAUGUUUUAAGCUGUCACUGGGUGGUGUAGAAGCAGCUUCACUUAUGCGAAGACCAUUCUACAUGGUUGCCUUCAUAGAAUAUAGAAGUUCUUGUUGCCUUUCAUGAUUUUUUUUCUCUUUGAG